AUGGGACCUAAACGCUCACGAGACGGAGCAAUGAAAGACGAGAAGUCAGGCAAGCCCGAGCAGGCGGCAUCGCCAUUCAUGCCGAUGUUCGAAGGCUUUCGAGCAGAGCUUGACGAGCACCACGAUCGACGUGAGAGGAUUAUCAAAGCGUCGCGCGACAUCACCGCCGCAAGCAAGAAAAUGGUGCGGACGCUUGGACAACCAGUUCCUGCUUUCGUGACCAAAGGCAAUGCACAGUACUGGGAGAUCAUUGAGAACCAGUAUCAGCAUAUCGCUGCCGAUGUUCAAGGCCUAAACGCUUUCCGCUACCCUCAGAUCACGGGAGGCAAUCAAGAGUUCAUGGAAGCAUUGAGCUUCCAUCAUUACCUGGAAUCGCAGACACUCAUAUCCUACGAUGACGCGAGAGCACGCGUAGCUUCGAUGAGUGGCAGCGCUGGAGCAGUACUACUGACCCCGGAGGACUACAUCCUCGGAAUUUUCGACAUGGUGGGCGAGCUCAUGCGUUUCUCGAUCACGGCCAUGGCUACCAACGGCAAACUUCCAGCGGGCCAGCCGAAGAAGGAAGCUAAGACUAGUCAAGACUUACCCCAGGACCAGGAUGCCGACACGAUGGACGUUGACGAGCAAACGCCUGCGUCGAAGCCAUCCGAGGAGCCGCGCAACAUCCUUUCGGAUCUCCGAGCACUGCGACUGCAGCUCGAGAUGUUCGAGCCUGGAGGCGGAAAAUUGGGAGCAGACGUUAGGAAGAAGGCGGAUGUUAUGAGGGAGUGUGUGGACAAGGUCGAAAAAGCAUUAUACGGUCUCACAGUCCGUGGUACGGAGCGGCCUAAGGGAUGGGUGCCCGACGUGAGAGAAGACAGACGGCCCGAGGUGGAAAGCUACUAG